AAGGAAAGAGGAAGAUACGAAAGAGUAGAAGAAUAUUGGGAGGAAGGAAGGAGGGAGGGAAAGUAUGGCGACAUGGGACGAUGUUAGAAGUGGAGAUGCCACUUCCGGGGCCGUGGAAGCGGGCGUCAACGUCGAUGAGGAGGAGGAAGAGGAGGAGGAAGAGGAGGAGGAGGCUGAAGGGGGCAACCAUCUUCUCGGAUUCAUGUUUGGAAACGUGGAUAACUCUGGUGAUCUUGAUGUCGACUAUCUUGAUGAGGAUGCAAAGGAGCAUCUCUCUGCCUUGGCUGAUAAACUUGGCCCAUCCCUGACAGAUAUAGAUCUCUCCAUAAAAUCACCACAGACACCAUCUGAUGCUACAGAUCAAGAUUAUGACAGGAAGGCAGAAAAUGCUGUUGAUUAUGAAGAUAUUGAUGAGCAAUAUGAUGGACCGGAAGUUGAAACUGCCACUGAAGAAGAUUUUUUGUUGCCAAAAAAGGAUUUUUUCUCUAACCAAGUUCCCGUAACUUCUUUGGAGAAUACAACUUCUGUGUUUGAUGAUGAAAAUUAUGAUGAAGAAGAUGAUGAUUUGGAAAAGCAGAACACAUUGGUGGAAGGCAAUGUUGAGGCUCAGCAGUUCUCUCCAUCAGGUGAGCAAAAUUACAGUCACGAAGUGCUUUCUCAGGAGGCAAGUCUUCCAGAUGAUUCACACACCCUUGAAAUGGAAAAAUCAGAUACAUUUUACUCUGAGGAGGAAGUUUCAAGUUCUUCAGAAGAAUCACUGGGAGAUGAUAUGUCUUCAUUGCUUCCUGUUCUAUAUGUGGAAGAUGGAAAGGCAGUCUUACGAUUUUCUGAAAUUUUUGGUGUUCAUGAACCAUUGCAAAAGACAGUGAAAAGAGAAUGUCGAUAUGUAAUACCUAAAGAGAAAUACAAGUCCAUGGAUGCUUCUGACGUUUUUGAAGAGGAUGAAGAGAAAUUUAUGAAAGCACCCUGUCAAGAUUUUUCCUGGAUGAAACUAUUUCAUAGAAAGAGUGAUAUUCUCAAUUUGGGUGUUGAAGGUGAUGUGAUGAAGUCUGGAAAUGUUCAGGAAUCAAGAAACAUGUCUUUGGGGGUUGCUGACAAUCAAAAGGAUACAUUUAUUUUGGCUGAACCCAUGAAAGAUGAUCCAUUAGCUUCUACUUUCUCAGGAUGGAACCCACUAGCCUCACACAAGUUUUAUCCCCUGGAUCAGGAAGAUUGGGAAGAUAGAAUUGUUUGGCAUAACUCUCCCACUAAUGUGCUUGCUGAGGGCUAUGAACUGUCUGGACUUGAUUCUGACACAUUUGUUGAUAAGGAAAGCGAUUUGAAAGUUGAAGUGCAAACUCUCAACCGAGAAAUCCAAAGUGAACCUAAUCAUAAGGAUCGAACUCUAUUUCUCUGCAAUGGUCCCAUUUCAGUGGAGUCUUUUGGCUCAAGUGAAUAUUCCAAGUGUACAAACCAUUCAAGUUCUCAAUUUUCUGAGAUAAGUCAUCCCCAACUGCUAAGGUUAGAAUCUCAGUUAGACAAAUCUAAUCCAAACUCUGAAGGUGUAAAAGAUGAUGCUGCCAGAGGAAUGCAGGGUAGUGAUGUUACAAGACGUUUUAGUGAGCUAACCCUACAAAACAAGGAUAUAAUUGAAGGAUCUUGGUUGGAUAAUAUUGUUUGGGAUCCAAAUCAAUCUAUGGCAAAGCCAAAACUGAUUCUUGAUCUUCAGGAUGAGCAGAUGCUUUUUGAACUUUCAGAUGCUAAGGAUGAUAAACACCUGCAGCUUCAUGCAGGCGCCAUGAUUAUGGCUCGAGCUCUACAUCCCAACAGUGGGGAUUCAGUGGAGCCGCACAACCAUGGAAUUCAAUCUGCAGGGCGUUUCAAUAUCUCCAAUGACAAAUUUUAUUCAAGCAGGAAAUCCUCUCAGCAGCUGAGGUCUCACACCAAAAAACGGACCUUUCAUGGGCUCAAAGUUUUGCACUCAGUACCAGCACUUAAGCUGCAGACAAUGAAAGCUAAAUUAAGCAACAAAGAUGUUGCUAAUUUUCAUCGGCCAAAAGCUUUGUGGUACCCCCAUGAUAUUGAAGUUCCAUUUAAGGAGCAAGGGAAACUAGCCACACAGGGACCAAUGAAGAUCAUUAUGAAGAGUUUGGGUGGUAAAGGCAGUAAGCUUCAUGUGGAUGCUGAAGAAACCAUCUCCUCUGUAAAGGCUAAAGCUUCAAAAAAGCUAGAUUUCAAAGUAACGGAGCCAGUGAAGAUAUUUUAUUCUGGGAGGGAGCUUGAAGAUGACAAGUCUCUUGCUGAACAAAAUGUUCUUCCAAACUCUGUGUUGCACCUAAUUAGGACAAAGAUACAUCUUUUGCCUCGUGCGCAAAAGCUGCCUGGAGAGAACAAGUCCCUGCGCCCGCCUGGGGCAUUCAAGAAGAAAUCUGAUCUUUCAGUAAAGGAUGGCCAUGUUUUCUUGAUGGAGUACUGUGAGGAAAGACCUUUACUUCUUGCCAAUGCUGGAAUGGGUGCAAGAAUAUGUACAUAUUACCAAAAAUCGGCACCAAACGAUCAAAUGGGAAACUUGUUGCGGAAUGGAAAUAAUGGUUUUGGGAGUGUUAUUAUUCUUGAUCCCGCCGAUAAAUCUCCUUUCCUUGGAGAUAUAAAGCCUGGCACCAGCCAAUCAAGCCUUGAAACCAACAUGUUUAGAGCUCCCAUAUUUCAACAUAAAGUGCCGUCUACUGAUUAUUUAUUGGUGAGGUCUUCAAAGGGCAAGCUGUCUAUCAGACGCAUUGACAGGGUUAAUGUUGUUGGACAACAGGAGCCUCAUAUUGAGGUAAUGUCUCCUGGUUCCAAAGGUAUCCAAUUCUACAUCAUGAACAGGCUAUUGGUAUACAUGUAUCGUGAGUUUCGUGCAGCAGAAAAGCGUGGUUUGCGUCCCUCUAUUCGUGCUGAUGAGUUGUUCUCACAGUUUCCUAGUUUAUCUGAGUCAUUUCUUCGGAAGAGGCUGAAGAAUUGUGCUGAUUUACAGAGAGGGCCAACGGGGCAUUUUAUUUGGGUCAUGAAACGCAACUUCCGCAUUCCUUCAGAGGAAGAACUAAGACGGAUGGUGACACCUGAAAAUGUCUGUGCCUAUGAGAGCAUGCAAGCUGGUUUUUACAGGCUCAAAAGGUUGGGAAUCACAAGGCUAACUCAACCAACAGGUCUAUCAUCUGCAAUGAAUCAACUUCCUGAUGAAGCAAUUGCUUUAGCUGCUGCAUCGCAUAUUGAGAGGGAGCUUCAGAUUACACCUUGGAACUUGAGUAGUAAUUUUGUUUCAUGUACAAAUCAGGAUCGAGAAAACAUUGAACGCCUUGAAAUCACAGGUGUUGGCGACCCUUCAGGAAGGGGCCUUGGUUUCAGUUAUGUUCGGACAACUCCUAAGCCCCCAAUCUCAAACUCAAUGGCAAAAAAGAAAGCUGUAAUUAGUAAAGGAACAACUGUGACUGGAACUGAUGCUGAUCUCCGCAGAUUGAGCAUGGAGGCUGCAAGAGAGCUGCUCCUUAAAUUCAAUGUUCCAGAUGAGCAAAUUGCAAAAUAUACUCGAUGGCACCGAAUUGCUUUGAUACGCAAGCUUUCAAGUGAGCAAGCUGCAUCUGGUGUCAAGGUUGAUUCUACAACUGUGAGCAAGUUUGCCCGUGGGCAGCGAAUGUCCUUCUUGCAAUUGCAGCAGCAGACACGAGAAAAAUGCCAGGAAAUAUGGGAUCGACAAGUUCAAAGUCUCUGUUUGGGUGAUGGGGAAGAGAAUGAGAGUGAAUCAGAGGCUAAUAGUGACUUGGAUUCAUUUGCUGGAGAUUUGGAAAAUCUUCUGGAUGCAGAAGAAGGUGAAGAGGGUGAGGAGGAUAACUAUGAAUCCAAACAUGAUUCUGUUGAUGGUGUCAAGGGACUGAAAAUGAGAAGGCGCCCAUUGCAAACACAGGCAGAAGAAGAAAUUGAAGAUGAAGCAGCAGAAGCUGCAGAAUUAUGCAGAAUGCUCAUGGAUGAUGAUGAAGCUGAUCAGAAAAAGAAGAAGAAGACCAGAGCAGCAGUAGAGGAAACUAAGAUUAUUCCCUUUAAGUCAAAAUUUGGCUCUGAAAUAGCUGAUGGGAUUAAGAAACACAGUUCAGUUUCUAAGCGACUCAUGCAACCAGAGGGAUCCUUUGUAUUGCAAGAUAGAACUCAGAGAGAUCAGAAGGAGUCAGAGAGCCUUUCUGCAAAGAAGUAUCUUCAGGGAAAAUUUAAACCGAAGAAAAAGAGUGAGAUUGAACAAAUAGGUUUGCUCAACAAAAAAGUUAAGAUACUGGGGGAUGGGAUCAAUGUGAUCAAGGAAAAAAAAUCGGCAAGAGAGAGUUUUGUUUGUGGGGCAUGUGGUCAGCUUGGCCAUAUGCGGACCAACAAAAACUGCCCCAAGUAUGGGGAAGAUCCUGAGAUGCGAGCAGAAAGCAUAGAUCUUGAGAAGCCCUCAGGCAGACCCAGUUUCGGAGAUCAAUUGGAACAAAACCUGCAGAAACCUCAGAUAAAGAAGCUUAUACCGAAGAAUGGGACAAAGAUUAGUGGGUCAGAAGUCCCUGAAGAUGAUAAGCCUACUUCAAAGGCAAAAACACUGAAGGUCAAAUGCGGUGCACCUGACAAGAUUCCUGAUAAACACACACCACAUUCACAGAGCUCUGAUCGACCCGUAAUGUCAGAUUCAGAGAUGGGAGACAAAGCUCCGGUUAAAGUUAACAAAAUAGUUUUUUCCAACAAGACAAAACCCGAAGAUUCACUGAUUGAGACCCCAAAGCCCGCCAUUGUGAUAAAACCACCAGUAGAGGCUGAUAGAGACCAGCCGCGGAAAAAAAUUAUAAUUAGACAACCAAAGGAGGUUGUAAAUGUGGAUGACAAUAGCCCGGACGGAAGUUUUGGCUUUGACUUUAGGAAAACAAAGAAAAUAGUGGAAUUGUCAAGUUUCGACAAGCAUCAUGAGCAUAGGAACAAACAUUUCUUUGAAGAGUCGUCAGGAAUGAGAGAUCCAGAUAGUAACCAAUGGUGGAUGGAAGAUAGAAGAAGAGCUGCUGACAGACAUCAAGAAGAAAGAUCCAAGAGGGUGGAGAAAAUGAGGAUGAUUGACGAGCAACGAACAUAUGAGUUACAAAGGUACGAGGAAUCCAUUCGAAGAGAAAGGGAAGAGGAAGAACGGCAAAAGAAGGCAAAGAAAAAAAAGAAGAGAAAACCUGAAAUAAGAGAUGAUUAUUUAGAUGAUUAUCCCCCUAGAACGAAUGACCGGAGGAUGCAUGAUAGAGAAAGAGUGGGGCAAAGGAGGUCGGAAAUUGACUAUGGAAAGCAUGGAAUAGAUUAUCCUCAGGCUUCAAAGCGGAGACGAGGAGGAAAGGUCGGUUUGUCUAACAUUUUGGAGAGUAUCGUGGAGACGCUAAAGGCAAGAAAAGAAAUAUCCUACCUAUUUCUAAAGCCGGUAACUAAGAAAGAGGCUCCCGACUAUCUGGAUAUCAUAAGUCAUCCAAUGGAUUUGUCUACAAUAAGGGAUAAGUCGAGAAGGAUGGAGUACAAGACCCGGGAUGAAUUCAGGCACGAUGUCUGUCAGAUUGUAUACAAUGCGCAUAGAUACAACGACAGAAGGAAUCCGGACAUUCCUCCCCUGGCAGACCAACUUCUAGAGCUUUGCAACUUCCUGCUAGAUCAAUACGAUGCAGAGCUGACAGAAGCCGAAGCUGGGAUCGACUAAAAACAUACACUUAGCAGGUAGGCAUUUCUGGUUCGAUCCCAUUCGCACGGGCCUCGUGCUCGGUUAAUUAGCUGAUGUUGUUGCAAUAGAGCCUUUCUUGGCUUGUGUAUGGCAAUUUUGCAAUUAGCAGCAUAACAGUUUUGUGAUGUAAUUAAAAUCUGGCGUCUGUAUAUUGAGAGGGCUGUGGGUGGGUGGUGGGAUGAGGCUGUGCUUCCCCAGCCAGCAUUGGUUGGUAUAGGAUUGUUUCAUACAUACAUGUUCUUUAGCCUAGUUACAGGUUGACACAGAAAUGUAUAGUAAUCUAAUCUAUAUAUACAUAUAAUAUGUUCAUACUAAGUAGGCUUAGAAUUAUUCAAUUUUCAUCAAUUGUUCUGGUUUUUUAAUUUUGUUGUAUGUGACUGCUGAGAUUUGGGAAUUAGGGUUUAGGGUUUCAUCCUAUAAUCUAUUGCGCAGAGAUUUGGGAAUUAGGGUUUCAUUCCUUCCAUCACUAUUUCUCUAGUGUAGUCAGUGGUUACAGUGCUGGUUUAACUAAACAUAUUAUUAUUAUUAUUAUUAUUAUUAUUAUUAUUAUUAUGAUUAUGAAAUAAAUUGAUCACUGGUGGUUAACACAGUAACGGCGUUUGUUAGGGAUCAUAAUUGCAAUUUGUUGACAAUAAUAUUAUUAAAUACGGCCGUUGCACCUGCUGUGAUAUGACAUGACAUAUCCUAAAGGCUAACGCCUAAUUAGUCUCUCUUUUCACACCUACGCAAUUAUUGACACUAAAUAUUCCCAAAUUUCCAAUAUUGGUUGCACAUUACUACAAUUACAAUGCACAGCAAAAUGAUUAAUUUAUAGUACUACUAUAAUUCAUAUCUAUCUCAGACCUAAUUAUAAUAAAUAAAUUAAUCCACACAAUUUCACAUGGGAAAAGAAAUUAGGGUUUAGAGAGGUUGGGAGGGCAUUUUCGUCAAUGAUAAUAGGAAAGGGUAUUUCGGUCAUUUGAGUUAUAUAUAAAUAUUUAUAUGAGUGUUGCAGACCUUGCAUUGCUUCCUAGUUUCACUCAACUGCUAUCCGAACUCACUGUUCAUCUUCGCUUUUCUUCCACCCGUUUUGGUCAGAAAUCGAUCAACCCGCUCGUUGUGAAGAUUCUCGGCUUGAUUUUCACUUUCCUGUGCGUAGAUCUGUGCUGUGGAAAAUACAGGUUAUAUGCACUUGUGAUGUGUUGAAUUGGAUGCGGAGGUGACCAAAAUGGGGUGGCUGAGUUUUUCACUUGACGUGUUUCGUAAUGUGGUCUCCUUGAACUUGUACUGCAGGGUUAUUCUAUAAUUUAUAUUUUUUUUUUUUGUAAACCUUUCCAAACCAGCGAAGGGAACCAUUUUGUUUCUUCUGCCACUAUUUAGCUCAAUCAAUGGGAUCCAAUCACUUUCCUCUUA